CGGUGCGCUGAUUGGCUGACUGGUCGGUUUGGAAUCCAAACUUUGGAUCAAUCCGCUCGACCCCAUUCAGUUUUAGAUUAGCAUCCAAGCCAAUAAGUAAGCGAUAACAGUAGUCCAAGAUGGUGAGCGCCAAGGAAACCGUGGAAGCCAAGAUCUCGUCGACGCCUGUGGUGGUGUACAGCAAGAGCUACUGCCCGUACUGCGCCAAGACCAAGACGCUGCUGACGCAGCUGGGCGCCAAAUACGACGUCGUGGAGCUGGACCAGAUCAACGGUGGCAGCGAACAGCAGGACGCCCUGGAGCAGAUUACGGGUCAGAGCACCGUGCCCAACGUGUUUGUGGGCGGCAAGUCUAUCGGCGGCAACUCGGACGUGCAGAAGCUGCACAAGGCCGGCAACCUCGAGUCCCUGCUCGAGCAGAACGGCGCCCUGUGAACGGCAAAGAUGUAGCUACCAGGAAAGAUGUCAACGCCUUCGCUCUUCUUUAGCGUAGGUGUUGGAAAGUAACAAACGACAAAGUAUUACCUCUCUUUCAUCCUACA